GAUAUUUCCUUUGUAUUUUUCCACCCACCCUUUUUCCACGUGUGGGCAUUUUCUGCAAUAUAUAGAUAUCCCCAACGCUCAAUGAAAAAAAAUGAAAAACUCUUUUGCCGACAGGCGGAAAAACCUCGGAACCAAUUUCUGGAGGAGGAACAGUACGUGAACCUGGCCUUAGCUCCUCGUGAGUGCUGCGGCGGUGCUCUUUGGGAUUUCGAUGGUCAGACCGACGAAGCCUGGCUGAUGCAGUGUCCCAAGGGUACAGACCCACAUCUGCUAGCCGGCAAGCGCAUCAAGCUACCUGGCAGGAAGAGCGUGGGCGAUCUCCAGGUUCGUGCCGUCAAAAACUCGACGUUACAGAGCGAGUCACUGGGCUAUUUGAGAUAUAUAGGUCCCCAUGCCCUUCGGAAAAUUCCCUUUGUUGGCUAUGUGGUAAUCAGCAAGCGUCUAUAUAAUAAGCAACCGCUACCAGGUCAGAAGGAACAGGUCAUUCCCGCUGACCUAACGCUACCCAAGUACUUAUUACGUGAACGGCAUCCGUUGUUCGGGCGCAGCUACAAGCAACGCAUCGAAUUACCGAAGAUGAUUUCCACAUCUCUUAGUCAGGCAGACAAAAAAUUCUUGGAAGCUAGUGCCAAGCUUUGCAGCACCGCUAACUACUACAAGAUCCGGAGCAAGCUACUCACCACCACACAAACGCUAGAACAAAAAGAGGACGAUGUUCGACAGUCGGUGCUUACCGGGCGUACGCCACAGUUCAUGAAGACAACAAUAAUCCCGGAUCAAUAUAAAGAUCUCUUAGACGAAGAGGACGUCGGUAAAAAUAUAGUGAACCCAGCAGACGAAAUUGGUCCUGCCAAAAUGCGCAAGAAAAAAUUUAAUUCAAACAAACACAAAAAAGAGGAAAUACAGGAGGGAAAUGGACAAAUAAACAAAAGAAGCUUAAAUUAAAUGAAAACAACAGCCGCUAAUGACCUGGACGAAGUGAUUGUGCAAGAAGGCUUAAAAACGUCAAAUGACUAACAUUAAGAGUUAGAGUUUGCUUAAGACAAAUUCACAUACUUACUUUAUUAAAUAAAAAUAUGUAAAAAUUUUUAUUAUAGAA